AAAUAUUUUAAAAAGCUAAAAAGGCAAUAAGGUUUUGCUGAAUAAAGUGUUUAUACCUGUUCUCUGUCAAGUUAAUGACCAUUUUCCCAAUAUGUGAAAGCUGCAUGCAAGCUGUAAUAUUGCUUCUGAAAAUAUGGAUAUAUGUGUGGAUGAUAGACCCAUUGCUGUCAAAAUAUGGUCACACAACAGAAACAUAUUGAAACAGUUUGCUUACUUAGGCUGUCGUUGUGCCAUAGUUGGGGUGAAUUCUGUGCAAACUUUGCGACGUUCACUUCCCCUCAUUUCUUUAAGAGUCCUUUUUAGAAAGUUCUCUUGAGUUGUCAUACUAAUGCGAAAGCACGGCAGCUGGGAUCCGUCAAUGACAAAUUGAGGAUGAUAUCAUCAAGCGAGUCAUGAAAAGAACCAUAUUCAAGACUAUUUUGCAGUUUUGUUGUGGUCUGUACUAAUCUACUAAUGUCAUUCCAAUUUUGUCGAGCAGCCCCUAAAGGCAGCAUGGCGUGCCAUGCGUAGUUGCAAACUUGAUAGGUGGGGAGAGAAAAAUGACGUCAUUACGUACAGCGGGGACGUCUCCGGAGAAGAUAAACAAAAAGGAAGGAAGCCUUCGGCCAUACAAUCGCGGCAAAAUCGGUUCAAAAAAUUUGUAGCUUUGGAAGCUACAAUUAGCAAACUACAUGUACCCCCUUUUAUUGCUUAGAUAAUAACCAGUAGGCGUUCACUAAUCAUGGACGAGGGGAUUAUAUUUCGCAUGAGUGCAUUCUCCGAGCAAGGGGGGAGGAAAUACAUGGAGGAUGUUGUCGAGAUCAGAAUCGAGUACGAGCCGUCGCCAGGCGAAGAUUAUCCGAAGUCGCAGGGACAUGGAGGACAAGGAGGACAGGGAGGACAGGGGAAAGCUGAGAGUGAACCAACAAAACAGACUGAAAAUGAGACACACGGUCAUAAUAACGUUGCUGCCGAAUCCGGCCCAGCUUCUGCAAUGUGGGUAGAGAACCUAUCAAACGAGGACAGUGGUGGCAACAACGCUGCACCGGUGUCGUCGGAGGGGAAAGUCGCAGAGCAUGCAGUCGACACUCGGAGGUCUGUGGCGUUUUUCGCUGUGUUUGACGGCCACGGAGGCCGAGAAGCGGCACACUUCGCCAGAGAGAAUCUGUGGGAUUUAUUGAAAAGGCAGCGGGGGUUCUGGUCCAAGGAUCACAGUGAAGUGUGUGCUGCUCUGAAGAAGGGCUUCAUCGCCUGUCACCAUGCGAUGUGGAAAGAGCUACCAGAGUGGCCAAAGACCAUUACCGGCCUGCCCAGUACAUCAGGCACCACCGCCAGCGUGAUUGUGAUCCGCGGAGUUCACAUGUACGUCGCCCAUGUAGGGGAUUCGGCAGUGGUUGUCGGAGUGCAAGAAAACGCCUCUGAUAUCACGCUCCAGGCGCUGGAAAUAACACAAGACCAUAAACCUGAACUUCCUAAAGAAAAAGAAAGGAUCGAGCGACUGGGUGGCAGUGUAAUGAAGAAAUCUGGGGUGAACCGUGUUGUUUGGAAGAGGCCCAGGCUGACUCAUAACGGCCCCGUGAGGAGGAGCACAGUCAUCGACCAGAUCCCCUUCCUGGCUGUGGCCCGAUCCCUCGGUGACCUCUGGAGCUACGAUUUCUACAGCGGGGAGUUUGUGGUUUCCCCGGAGCCCGACACCACCGUGAUGACCCUCGACCCCAACCGGCAUCGCUACAUCAUCCUCGGCAGCGACGGACUGUGGAAUAUGAUGCCGCCGAAGAACGCCGUCAACAUGUGUUCUAGCCACGACAAAAUGGUGGGACCAAAGGGAAUGUCUUGCGCCCGCCGGCUGGGAUGCACAGCCCUACUGUUUUGGAAAGAGCGCAUGCUCCGUGCAGACAACACAACAGUUAUUGUCCUGGCGCUACAGGAGCGCGGAGGCCCGCCUAUCCCUAUGCAUCGAGAUGAGAUCGUCGUCGACAUGUCUACAGGAAUGGACCAUGUUCCCUUUCCGGGAACAACUUAUAACACAUGUGCGAUCCCAACGCGGAGUGAUUCCUCCCCGUUCAAAGACAGUUCCACAGCUCUGGAGCAGGCAUUUGGGCUGUACGAGGCGGCUUCCUGUGCCGCCGCACAGCUUUUACCCGACGUUGACUCCGCGAGGGCCACGCUGCCCCCCUCGGACGGUUCUGCGAAUGUCUUCGAAAAGCAAGACUCGACAACCCAAAUGGACUGCGCUGCUGCUGCUCCUGCUCCUCCGUCAAAAAGGUCUCGCCGUUCUCCGCACACCCCCCCUGAACUCAGAGGUCCUCCCCGUCGCCCCGGUCGGUCCUCCGGCGAAAGCUUCCCCCGGGAGACGCCUCGCAGCAAUGUACAAAGUGAACAAUCCCGUCAAACGAGAAGCUCCUCCGAGGAAAGCGGUAUCCUACCACAGCACCGCAACGCUGCCUUGUGCGUGUGCUGAACCUCGUCUCGUAUAGAAACAGUGUUUUUUGCCCUGAGGCCGGAAGGAUAAUCUGCAUCGUGUCAACUUUGCUCAUGUAUCAGGUCUAUUCCUAGAUGUAUACUUUUUUAUACAAAGUCUUGUUUUUGUAAAUAUGUGAGAAAUGAGACUGUAAAUGUGUUGCUGUUUUAACCUUUUUGCUUCUUGCUCUUCUUCCUGCCCGCCUCUUUAAAUUUGAGUGUUCGUGGAAAUUUGAAAAUUUUAGAUCCAUUCAAUCUAUUUUCAUACGUAGAAGUAUGUAUAGUAUAUCAAAAAGACGUAUUUUGAAGAAGAUGGAUCACUACGAUCUGAGAUAAAAUUGUGACACAUGCAAGCUUCCAGUUUAGAUUUUUAUCAAAUGAAUUCACAAUUUUUACUUUUUAACAUGCCAGUCUUUCCUUCAUUGGGUUCAAUACCUCAGACCAGUUGUUUGGAAUCUUUCCUCUUAGAUGAAAUGUGCUACUAUGCCACUGUUGAGUUGUUCCGAUACUGUCCGAUAAUGUCAGAUACUGCCCAAAAUUCGGGAUUGGUAUCGACGAGUCUAUGCACCGAUCCGAUACCCUAAUUUAUUGAACCAGAAAGAAAUCAACUUGUUUAACUGGAAAUCAAUUUUCCUCCGCCGCUCCAAAACCUUCACUGUGCUGUCGCCCUGGAUGUAUCAUGGCUGCCACUGGCAACUACUGUUUUAGAGCAGCGAAGAAGAACUGAUGGCUGGGAGUUUGUCGUGACGAUAACAACAACAAUCUUUAUCACGCUGGUAUCGGAUCGGUACUCGGUAUCGGAACAUCAUUAACUGUUAGAGGUUUCUUUUAUUGUUUAAUUGGGUGCAAUAGAAACCUCUGGCAUUUUUUAAUACCGUUAAUGUAGCAUGCAAAAAUAAUGGGAAAAUUUGACACGCAAUGGUCUGAGGUAAUUAUGAUGAGGGUAUUGAUUUUUAAGUCUAUUAUUUGUUUUAUGGUCACCAGUGGCUAAUUAUGUACUGUUAUGAUCCCAAUUGCUCCUCAGCUAAUUGGUGUAUCUUAUGCAUCGCUUGGUCUGUUCAUCAAAUCAGAAAAAACAAACUCUCCCUCGUGGUAUCUAUCCAUGUACAUAUGUGUGGUUUUAGUGAAUUGACCCUUUGAUGGUACUUUGCUUGACAUUUUUUUUGGCAUCUCCAUUUAUGAUUUGGCCCAAUGGGUAUUGGUACUGUGUUGGGUGCUGAUGUGAAAGCCUAUAUCAAUACCUGUGCCUCACUGGGAGGUGGCUAGGAGUCUGCUUUUCUUUCUAUAACAUCCAGUUAAUUUUUAAGUGUCCACUAUAGGCACUAACACCAUUUCAAUAGAGUGCUAUAGGAAUGAGUCCAAAACCUGGAAAUGAGUUCACAUUUUAGCCCUUUUAGUUCCCUCGUCUGGAAGUCAAUGGGUUUUUAGUUAGAUGCCUGAAAUAAGGUCUGUGGUUGACACAAGCUUAAGAGAAUUUAACUUUUAGUUCUACAGCAUAAAAUACAUCAACAAAUAUUUCACUCGUGAAUUUUGAAGCUUUUAUAGGUCUUAAAAUAGACAGUUGCUAACAAGUGGCGUUCAUGCGACCAAGGUGUAGCUGUUUAUAACCUAACGUUACUUCUGGUGAUUGCAUUCCCGCUUCAAAAAUCAUAGAAGUAGUGUUAAAUUGUGGAGAUUAUCUUGCUGAACAAAACUUAAGUAUCAUAAAUGUUUGUUCACCACAGAGUUUAUUUUCUGCAAUAAUCCAAAAACCCAAUGGGAACCCAGGGCGAUGCUAACCUCCUGGUUGGCCUACAACAAAACGUCAUCCCCGGAGCACUCCAUAGGCCUUUCUAUUUGUUUUCAUAUAUUGUAUCCUUGUGUGUGUGCUUUACUCCCAUAACUUGUGUGUUUUAAUCUGCACAUAAAACACCUUAUGUGCGAACGCAGGAAGGAUCCGUUUCAAGGUGUAGAUUUUAAAAGCUCUAACUUGUGUUAACAACAUGGCAGCUCGGUCACUGUUUUAGCUGAUGUGUUUUGCCUUCCUUUUCCAUAAAAAAGUGUCAUGGUUGCCUUAGCACAAAUGAGUCAGAGGUGCUUUUCACAGGUUUUGAUAUUUGGGAUUUAUCAUGCAACCUGCAGUCAUUGCCAUUUUACCAUCCACACUACAGCAUACUAAACCUGCUCCUAAACCUGGUUAAUGUUUUUGGUUUUUUUCAGAGCAGUUUUUUGGUUUUGUACAGUACGUCAAUAUGCAAUAGAAGUUUGUACAGUACAUUAUUAUGCAAAGUUAUUGGGUUUUUUUCAGGAGUCUGGCAUGCUCGGAUCUACUCUGUAUGUUGUGUAAGUGUCCAGAGGUCAUGAAUGUUAAUGGGCAUGUGGUUUGUUUUCUUGACAAUGACAAUACUUCUAGGUCUGGCUUCACAUCCACUACAACCUGCACAUUUUCAGGACUAACUGUAUAAGCUACGUGCGUUGAAAGUGACUGGAUAUACAGUGUCUGUGUGUUGUAAUAAAGUUCUCAUUUUCCAAUCGGUGCCGUUAUGUCUGUUGUUGCGGUGUUGUUCAAACGACAAUAUCUAUAGCCCAGUGUGUGGAGCUGUUAUCAUGACUAUAUUUAAUGACUUUAGCAUGUUUCUGUUUCGUAAAAGUAAACCAACUUUGUUAAUAAAAGCGUGUCUAUAUUGCCUUCAGCUACUGUGUAGCUUGAAUAUAAGGGGGAAUACUUAUGCUCAUGUUUGUAAAGGGUGCACUGGCAUUUUGUUCCAGUAGAUGGCAGUGAUGUAAAAGGAUUAAACAGUUGCAUCUUUA